AUGCAGGAUGAGAAUGAUCCCAAAAAGCUCAGUGGUGGCCACGAACAAAUUUUGAAACAAGUUUGGACAUAUUUGUUCCAUUUCUGGGGAAUUCCAGUCAAUGGGGAGAGGGCAUUCCGCAAAAUUGAAUCGCAUGAAGCUGACACCAGCGUUGAAGAGAAGGGCAAGAAGAAGAAGUCUCUGUUCGAUAAAAUAUCGGGAGGGUACCUUGGUUCUGAGAGUUCGGAAGAGCAGGAGACGCCUGUGGAAACAGAAGAGUCCAAGUACGUUUUAAAUUCGGUUCAUGAUACUCUGAAAGAUCUAGAGCCGCAAGCGACCCAGGAUGAGUUCUGGGAGAUGCUGAGGGUCGAGACGCCAGAUACAUCGAUACUGAAAUUUAUAAGGGCAAGAAAGUGGAAGGUUGACAAGGCAAUGUCGAUGAUAGCGCAUUCGAUGCGUUGGAGAGUUGAAGAGAGUAAGGUAGAUGAUAUUAUCUGUGGUGGUGAACGUGCUGCUUACGAGAAGGGGGAAACUGGGGUCAUUAAAAAUCUGGAGUUACAAAAAGCUAUUAUUUGUGGUUUUGACAAACAGCGAAGACCAAUAAUCUUAGCAAGACCAAAAGUGCACUACUCCAGUGAUCAAACAGAGGAAGAAAUUCAAAAAUAUUGUGUAUUAGUCAUUGAACAGGCGAAAUUAUUUUUCAAAAAACCGGUUGAGACGUCUACUAUUUUGUUCGAUUUAACAGGAUUCUCGCUUUCUAAUAUGGACUAUACCCCUGUAAAAUUUUUAAUUACUUGCUUUGAGGCACACUAUCCAGAAAGUUUAGGUCAUAUGUUCAUUCACAAAGCACCUUGGAUUUUCCCUCCAAUCUGGAAUAUUAUUAAAAACUGGUUAGAUCCUGUCGUGGCUUCAAAGAUUAUGUUUACUAAAAAUGCCAAAGAUUUGAAUCAAUUUAUAGACAUGGACCAAAUACCGGAAUAUCUUGGAGGCUCCAACAAACAUGAUAUGGAUCAUUAUGUCGCACCGGAUGGAUGCCAAGAUGUCAAAUUAAACGAUCAAGAGUCUAUGACGAAGAUCAAAUCCGAAAGAUCUCAAUUGAUCAAAGAAUUCAUCGAUGCGACAGUUAAGUGGAUUGAAAGCAGUUCAGAAGCUGACUCAGAAGCAUAUCUGAAUGAAAAGACCAAAAUAGGCGAUAAACUCGUCCAAAAUUAUUCUGAACUUGACCCAUACGUCAGAUCGAGAUCAGUGUAUGAUAUAAGUGGUAUGUUGAAAGUUUAA